AUGGAUGAUAGCAAAAAUGGCUGGUCAAAUUCAUGGAAUCAUAUCGGACCAACUGAGGAAACAAUAAUUUUAAAUAAGCCGUUUGGUUUGAGAGUUCAAAAGAAUACCUGGAAGAUAGUAUACAUUGAUCAAUACGGUGCAGCAGCUAAUUUAGCAUUCGUUGGUGAUACUAUUUUAUCAAUUGAUAAUAUCGAAAUUCAUGAUUCAAUAACAUUAGAAGCAAUUAUGCAAAAGUCAACAACUCGAGCAUUUGUAAAACUUCGACGAAAUGCAUACUCUCAUUGCCGUCGUAUUCAAUCCACUGUUGAAACGUUGAAAAUGAAAAGUGAAACUAAAUUACUACGAGCUGUAAAUGUUUACAGAGUAUGCAUUCAUGCAGAAGAUAUGUUACCGCAAGAUGAGAAUGACUUAUUAGGCUUAUCAAUAUCAUAUGAUGCUCGAGAACGACUUCAAGUAGCUUCAACUGGUUGGUCAAGCUUAGCUGCUAUUCACUUACGUCCAGGAGAUACUAUCAAAGAAGUAAAUCAUCAUCCAGUCGCAUCAAAAACUAUGUUGCAAUAUUGGAUGUCGUCAAGUAUGGAGAAAAACGGUUUUGUUGAAUUACUCAUUCAUAGUAAUGUCGAUCAAAAUAUUAUUUAUGAUGAGCUUGAAAUGCCUGAAGAUGUAGUAAUUAUAUCAGCGAAACAGAUAUUAUUUCAGAUAGCAAUGAUACGAACAAUGGCUUCUGAAAAAUUUCACGAAAUGAAAAGAAUUUUGAGGAAGAAUCAAUCAUUUUCGGAAAGUAAAAGGUCAGUAUCGAUAAAUAAUCAAAUCAUCGAAUUUCCUAUUGCAAGUGAUUAUGAUCCAAAACAAUUACGUAAAAGUCAAAAAGGUCAAGAAGAGGAUAAAACUUAA